AUGAUAAAGGUAACAUUUAUCAUUUUUUUUUUUUAUAUAAUUCAAUUUAUAAAUUCUCAAUCAACUUUUCAUCUAAAUGAAAAAUCAUUAGCAUUACAAAUAUUAAGUGAUUGUUAUGGUUACACUUUUCCAGAUCCAACAACUGCAGACCCAUGUGGAGUUUUAAAUGCAAUUUUUUGUAAAGUAGGCGCAAAUCCAGAUGGUACCACUUUUAUUUUUGAUGUCAGACUUUUAGAAAAUAAUUAUAGUUGCACAAUUGGUGAUCUUUCAAAUUUUCCAAAUUUAAAAUCAUUAUCAGUUUAUGGAAAUCAUUCAUUAGGUACUGCUUUUUUUCAAAAUAUUAAUAAUUUAACAGUAUUAAAUGAUGUUACAACCAAUAUUCAAUCAGAAACAAUUCCAAUUAAUGUUAAAUUACCAAGUACUUUAAUUACAUUUAUUAUUAAUAAUUUAUUAACAGCAUUACCAAUUGGAUUUUUUGAAAGUAAUAUUCAAAAUCUUUAUAUUUAUAAUGCUGGAUUUAGUGCUAGUUAUCCAUCAUCUUUAAAAACAGUCAAUAAACAAUUGACAGAAAUGGUAUUAAGUGUGAAUCAAAACUCAAUACCUCCAUUUAAUAUGGGAAGCUAUCUUUCAAAUUUAAAUGAAUUAAUUUUAAAUGUAAUUAAUGAAAAGUCAAUUAUUGGAUACACUGAUUAUUCUUUCCCAACAUUUCAAUCAUUUAGAAUUUUCAAACAUCUUACUGUAAAUUUCCAAAAUAAUCAAAAUGAAAAUUCAAUUCAACUUUUUAACUUCCCAUCAACUUUUAAUAAUAUUCAAUCACUUUCAAAAUUAAAUAUUAAUGGUAUUGGUUUCACUGUUGAUUCAUCAUUAGGUUAUAUUGAUUUAAGAAAUAAUCCUCAAACUUUUGAUUUAAUAAUUAAUGGAACAUGUGAAUUAUUUUCAUCAUGCACUACAACUAAUGAUUGUGUUAGAUUACCAAAAACUUCAAGUUUAACUGUUUUAGAAUGUUCAUUUAAUAUUAGUAAUAUUAAUUAUUUAAAUAUUACAAGUUUUAAAUCAACAUCAAAUAAUUUAUCACAAACACUUCCAGAAAUUAAUAAUCCAUUAGAAAUUAAUUCUUUUAUAAUUUCUAAUACAGCUAUUACAGGAAUAAUUCCACAAAGUUAUUGUAAAAUUGGGAAAUCAAUAUUCCAAGCUCAAAAUAAUAAACUUAAUGGUGUUGUACCAUCAUGUUAUCAAUGUCAAGGUGGCUCACUUUCAUCCGGUAUUCUUCCAAAUAAUUUUGAUAAUUUCAAUUCAUCAACACCAAAAAGUUGUCCUGCAUUUUCAGUAGAUGAUAGCUAUAAUCGUACAAUCGAUACCAUUGGUGGUUUAUUGAUUGUUAAUGGUAUUGAUUUAGGUUGGUCAAUUACAUCCACUAUGACUAUUGGACAUAGAUAUUCAAUUCCAAAUUACCAAAUUGGAUUUCAAAUUCCAUCAGGUAUUGGUAAAAAUAAUCAAUUCAGUGUAUCAUUUACAAGUGAUAAUACUCAUACUUUCUAUUACGAUUAUAUACCACCAACUAUUGCUUCAUAUUCGAUUAUUGAAAUUAGUGGUAGUAAAUACUUUGCAAUCGAUGGUAAUGGUUUUGAUACCAAUAAUGCAAAUGUUGUUUUAUUCAAUAAUGGCCAAUCAAUUAAUUUUAGUACUGCAUCCAAUGGUAGAAUCGUAUGUACUUCUAUUGAUUUAUUAUCUCAAUUAGUUCAAGGAAUGAAAUAUCAUUUAUCAAUGAAAGUUGGAGGUCAAGAUUCAAAUGUAUUCACUUUUGGUUAUUAUAAUAUCACUGUUUCAAAUAGUAGUUCUUUAUCUUUCAAUACUGAUGGCGGUUUAAUUAGUAUUGAUGGUUCAUUUGGAACAACUAAUUCAAGUUUAGUAUAUGUUGAAAUUAAUGGAAUUAAAUGUACAGUUGAAUCAAUCACAUAUGAAAAACUAACAAUUAGUUAUCCAUCAUCAAUUAGUGGUAAUUUCAUUCUUUCUAUUAAUAUUGAAGGAGGUCAACUUAGUAUUCCAAUUAAGAUUUCAGAUGCCAACACUAGUGGUUCUGUGACUAGCUCUUCUUCUACCACCACUUCUACCAGUUCCUCUACUACCACUACUACCUCAACCAAUUCACCUACUACCUCAACUAAUUCUGGAAAUGAACCAAAUCCUUCAUCCUCAUCAAUUUUAUCAAUAUCUUUCUAUUUAUUAACUUUGGUAUCAUUCAUUUCUAUUAAUAGUUGUUAA